AUGGCCGAGGAGGAGCGUGCGCUGAAAAGACAGAAAAGCCUGUCCGAUGAGGGAUGCGAGUUCCAAAGGCGACCGCAGCUGACGCCCGAGCAGCAGCUUCUCCUCGAGAAGAAGCGGCAACAGGCCUUGGAGCGAAGGCUGCAGCGCCAGGCGACCCCCAGCCAAGCUCGGACUGGUCCGCCUACCCCGGCCGCAGCAGGCGCGCAGCCAGCUCUGUCAGAGGAGCAGCUCGAGCGCAUCAGGCUGAAUCGCGAGGCAGCGCUGGCACGGAAGCGCCUGGCUGCCGGCUGUGCUCCGAGCACACAGGUGGCCCUCGAAUCCGCCGAUGUCACGUCGUAUCAUCAGCCAGCGCCGGCGCCAACUGAGCAGCCGGAGACGGGAGCCGGCGGCAUUCAGGACCCGUCCCAGUGCCUGUCCCAAGACGAGAAGAGGGAGGAUGGUUUACAGAUGCAGGACAGAGAGGGCGGCGAGAGCGACAACGACUCCGAGAUGACGUCCGCCUCUUCGGCUACCGCCGAGCCCUGGCUGGAACUCUCCGAGCCUUCGGAAGGUGACUUGUCCUCUUCGUCGUCCUCCUCGUCCUCGAGUGACGGCAGUGGUUCUUCAAGCUCCGAGGAAUCAGAGGACGAUGAAAUAGCAGAGGAGGCAGAGGAGCCGGAUCCAGAAGUCCAAGACCACGCCGAAGCAGGAAACCCAGACGCAGAUGCCUUGCCCGAAGACCGAGACAUGGACGACGAGUGCCCAGAAGAGGAGUUGCCGGAGCCGCGGACGGCGCCUACAUGUACUGGGGAGGCUCGCCCGAAAUCGCUGGUGCCCUGCUGCACUGAUCGCUGGCCACAUGUGGCGCUUCAGCCCAUAACGCCAGCUGGAGGCGAAGUUCCGGCUCCCAGAACGGGCCGCGAUCGAAAUGCGAAGCAGAAGCUGGUCGCCAAGCUGCUUUGCCGUUGGUGGUACGUCUUGCCCGACUGGCCGCCCAAGGACUUCGACUUUGAGACAGCGCUCGCCGAAAGAGGUUAUCGAAAGGUCCACGUGGAAGCCUUUGAGCUGGAGCCCGAUGCGGACGACGCCGGCUUGAGGAAAGCGUUUCCAGUCUCUGGCGGCUUUCGGGGUCUCUACCGAAAUCCAGAGGGAUGCCUCAUCGACGUGCGACCGGUAGCUGGGAGACCUUCCUACGAUCAGCUGAUGCUCAGGACCACCCAGGAGCUACACCGCUUGGUGGUCUUGGCAUACACCCGGCAGCUGGAGGACUUGGAUGCAAAGCCGCAUCUGCCAGAAACAGAGCUGGAGAUGCGACAGCAGCUGCGGCAGGAACUCGCCGAG